AGGAGGGGUGCAGACAUGCACUGUUGGCACAAGGCCCACCCUGGGACCUUAGCUGUUGAGUCUUUAUGGAGUGAGGAGAUAAAUCCCGUGCUGGUGGGACUGCGCGACUGUGUGUUGUUUUCCUCCACCUCCCUGAGACCCCUCUUUCUCCUCAGCAUGUCCCUUCUUGGCAUCCUCUUGCUGGAGAGAUGGAAACCCAGGUUCCUGUUUGAUUUCUCAGCACAGCCAUCAGAGGAGCCAGGAGGGGAGAGUGAGGGGGUGACUUCAGGGGCACAACCUCACCUGCUCAGUGUCCCUGAGCUGUGCCACUGUCUGGCAGAGAGCUGGGUCACCUUCAGGCUGUACCUGCAGGAACUGCUACAGUACAAGAGGCAAAAUCCUGCCAAGUUCUGCAUGAGUGUCUGUUCAGGCUGCCUGAUUCUGGCUGUAGUUGGACACUAUGUUCCAGGCAUAAUGAUCUCCUACAUCAUUUUGCUCAGCAUUCUGCUCUGGCCUCUGGUGGUCUACCAUGAGCUGAUCCAGAGGAUGUACACGCGUUUGGAGCCUGUCCUGAUGAAACUGGACUACAGUAUGAAGGCAGAGACCCUGCACCACAAGCAUGAGAAGAAGAAGCGACAAGGAAAAACUGAGCCUGCAGCAGGUGAUGAGCCAACAGCAGAGACAGAGAGUGAGAGUGAGGCAGAGCUGUCGGGCUUCUCCCCAGUGGUGGAUGUGAAGAAGACUGCCCUGGCUCUGUCAAUCACAGACUCUGAGCUCUCUGAUGAGGAAGCUUCCAUCCUGGAGAGCGGAGGCUUUUCUGUCUCAAGGGCUACCACCCCACAGCUGACGGAUGUUUCUGAAGACCUUGAUCAGCAGAGCCUGCACAGUGAGCCAGAGGAGUCGUUUUCCAAGGACCUGGCAGAGUUUCCCUCCGUGGAAGAAUAUCAUUCCAGAGACCUGGGACCACAGAGUGAUGAAGAUGCAUUUGGUGUGCCUCUGGGUCCUGAGCUUGCCCACGCUGCCCGCGAGCUGGACUCGGCAGAGAAGGAGGCCGUGGACUCUGACCUCUCCAUCCUUCGCCUAGCAUCUCCUCUCCAUUUUGUAAAUACACACUUCAAUGGGAGCGGGCAAGUGGCAGGAGGCAACGCAGAGCCAAAGACUGUCCCUGCCCCGGGCCUGGGCAUCUGCAUUGACACGCUGAGCGAGGAGAUUGUGACCACUGCCAUUACCACGGCGGUGCAGAACACCCUCUCUGCCCUGCUGCGGUCCUCGGAGGCCAGCGAGGGGCCCUCCCUCUCCGAGUUCCUCCCCACCGAGCCUGAAGAGAAGCUGAGCUUCCAAGCACAGCUGUCAGAGAGCGAAGUGGUGGAGACAGAGACAGCAGCUUCACCAGAGGAGGAGGAGGAGCAGCUCGCCAUGCACAUGGGACACUGACGACACAAGCAAAACAUGCGUCAAGGACUCUGGCCUGCUCCUGCCCGGCCUCGGGCCUCUCCCUCCUGCCAGCCCCGGGACAGGCCCAGACGUUUUUCCUGCCCCAGGACGCUGCCAGCCACAGGAAAGCUUUGGGUUCCUGGGGAAUUUGCUUUCAGUUUCCUUUUACCCUGCCACGACAGCCCCAAGGCAGAGCUGCUGCGGGGUUGUGGCCGCUCUGUGUGGGAGGACCCCAGCAGCACCCAGGUCCAGGGACCCUCUGCCUGGCUCAGUCCUGUCCCCUGCAGCAAAGACCUGAUCCCCAGCCCAAGCUCUGCUCUACCAUGCUCCACUUGGUCUCCCACAGACCCCAGAGCAGUGGGGUCUGUCCCUCCCCAUCGCCACCCCCAAAGAGCCUGCCCCUGCGCGAGCACCCCAGCCCUGCUCCUGCCCUGGCUACCCGGGUGCACACGCCCCUGGGAGCGGGCAGCUCAGCAGCGUACCCAGCCCAGGCUCAAAGGGCAGAGGGCGAACAACCCAGCAGCGGGAGAGAGGUGGCCCUGAGCUGCGGGGAGGGCAGGGGAAAGGCUGCAGUGCUGGCGAGAUGAAUGCAAAGCCUUGUUAGCCGGGAUGCAGAUCUGCACAAGCUGCCAGUGGAAAAGAGGGAAACCAGAACGAUGGUGGGAAGGUCAUGUCUGAGGCCACACUGCACAGCUGGGCUCCCGAUCCCCCACCACCCCCCCAAGGCUGGGCUGGGGACUAUUCUCCUUCCCGGGUUCAGGGCACCCCUCCUUGCCCCACUAGGCAUGAGCCAGCUGCUUGGUACAUGGCCUUCACAGCAGCCAAAGCCACACUGAAAGCAAAAGGAAGGUUUUUGGAGGGAAGGAGGAGCUGGGAGCCCCCAGGUGAGAUGUAGGAUACACUGAAGCUUUGCUUGUGGGAGAGGAAAGGCCCAAUACCACAGAAAUGGCCACAUCAGGAGGACAGACCUGAUGUGCCACAGCCUGGGCAUGGGAAAAAGGCCUUUAUCAUGCCUGGGGGAAGGGAACCAAUAGACAGAGAACAAGACCUGCAGGGUGGGCUCCGAGGGGGCUGCGAGCACCCCUGGGAGAUGCCGGGCUGCCCCAUGCUGGGGUCUCUUUGGCACUGCAGGAGGGCCCACAGCAGCCCGCAGCCCAUGGGCGCUGCACAGGGAGGACACUGCCCUAGCCCAGAGGUAUGGCACAGAGGCUGCCAGCUGGGAGGGACAUCAGGGACCCAGGACUUUCAGCCCACUGCCCCUUCCUCACGUGCAGGGGACAGGCCAGCUGUCGUGAGAGUCAGGGAAGGGCUGCAGCAUCCCCGGAUCCCAGCCAGAGCUGUUCCCACCAACUCUAGAUCCUGCCCCUACCAACAGCAGCAGCAGCCGGGGCUCAUCACUCUGCAGGGUGCUGGGGCAGAGAUUGACUGCCCCGCUGCUGUCCUGCUCUGGGCUGAGGGGCACAACGUCGGUCCUCUCCAGAGGAUGAGCAUGGUCCUGGGCACCUCCUCAGGGCUGCAAGGGCAGGUGUGGUGCUACAGGCUGAGCUAGACCCCCCUGAAUGGCUCCUGCCUUCACUCUGGAGACAGAUCCCAGCUCCAGGCAGAUAUCUGGAGCUGGUGCCAUCUCACAUCCCCUCAAACAGUAGCUGCUGCUGCCACCUCCGAGCCAGUCCACAGCUGCCCGCUACUAGUCCUGUCACGUCAGCUUCGCAGGCUCUGCAGCGAUCCUCCGACACGGACGACACAGAUGUGAACACAGACACAUGUAUGUACUCACACACGCAUUCACCCCACAAGAGUCAAGAGUGGCGUUGACACACGGCUGGACACAAGGUGCCACCGCAAAGCCGCCAGCCUGGCAGUUUUGUCUUUUCGGCAAUUGAUGGCAACGAAAUGGAGCCCGGGACUAACCGGUCCACUCAGGACAGGAGAAGAAUCAGGAUGACGCCACAUCCUGCUGCCCAGGCAGCUCCCAGUCUGCAAACCCCACGA